CCCCCUGGCUGGCCUCCGUUUUGCUCAUCAUGGAUCCGGAUUUGCUGGAGGUAGAGCCAGCCAAUGCGCUCAAGGAUGGCACCAACAGUCAGGUACAGCCCCAUCAAUGCCCGUCCGUCACGACCCCGUCGCUAACGGAGCCAAGGGUGUCUAUAUCUACACGCCCGCCGAUAAAGGCAACCCUUCGGGAGAGCGCCCCUCCAAGCGGCGCAAGGUGGUUCUGGAGAAGGAAGCAAAGCAGAAGAACGUUUAUUCUUUUGUGCCCCUUAUGAAUGGGGAGGAAGACGAGCAAUCCGUCGGAGCACGAUAUAGAACAUACCAACAACUUUGGUCUACCCAGGAAGCAAAGAUUCAGGAAAUUCUAGAUGACGUCGACUCCGAGGUCCUAACCAGUGUUUCGUCCUUCGUCCGGUCGACUUCUCCUCAAACAUAUGACGGCUGUAUACCAGCGGCCCUAGUUACGGUUGGCUCCAACGUCUCGUCGCUUGCUAGACUGCUGGCCAGACUCAAUGAUCAACUAACCUCGGCCGGGGACGGAGGAGCUAUCGUGCUGGAGUCCGGAGAUGCGCCCAACCUCAAGACGACCCUCAAAAACAUCAUCAGAUUUGCCAUCACGAAUACAGAAGGAAAUGACGGCUACCAAUCCUUUCUCACUGAUCGAGAGGGUCCCAGACUUCUCGCAUAUGAUCUUGAUCUAUUAAGCGACUAUGUUAGACGCAAAGGCGUCAAGAAGCUGGUCGUCGCAUUCCGGGACAGUGAAGCCUUUGAUCCAGGCCUCCUUACGGAUCUUUUGUCUUUACUAAGCUCGUGGCUUGAUCGGAUACCAUUCACCCUCUUGUUCGGCAUCUCGACGUCCGUGGAACUCUUCGAAGGGAGACUCCCCCGGUCAAGUGUCGCCUUGCUUCGCGGAAGGUAUUUCGAAAUCCAUGAGGCGAGCAAUUGCGUCGAUCGCAUCUACGGGAGGCUGCAGGCAGAACAGGAUGGCAAACUCUGGCUGGGGCGCAACAUCACCAACGUUUUGUUCGAGAAAUCCAAUGAUUCUUUCCAGACUCCGGAGGCUUUCAGUCGAACGGUAAAGUACGCGUACAUGUCCCAUUUCUUUGCGAACCCGUUGACGGUGUUCCUAGCAGACGAGGCUCUCCCGAACAUGCGCAAGGACCUCGUCUGCGAAGCAAUCAGAAAUCUUCCUUCAUUCCGACUGUAUUGCGAGGAGCUGCUUGACGAAGGGUCUGCCAAGCAAGUGCGUGACCUGCUCGAAGACGACGAGAUCCUCUUUCAGCACAGUCUACAGCAGUUGAGGGAUGGACAGCAGAGGAUGCGCGACAUCUUUCAGUGCGUCAGAUUGAUGCACCUGCUUUUGAAAAAACUCAGCCUCGUCAAGAAGACGAGUAUAUCGGAUCUAUCCGUCCGCGCGCUUUCCGGCGAACUUCAAGACUCGCUAUUAGUAACCGACAUACUCCUAGCUACGCAAACGCUAGAUUCCACAUCACUCAUGGAAGUAUCUGCCGUCCUUCCGACCACAUUCGCGGGACGUGCAGAGUUACAAGAAAUCCGGGAUGAAGUCAACGCCUUAGAACAGGCAUAUCAGGGCACUGAGCCCCUUCGAAGCGCGCAUGACAAGCGUCACGCGGUCGUGGCCACAACUGUCGUUCAACAGCGGGUGAGGCUCAGCAAGGGCAAAGCCAACUUGCCCCAGGAACAUAUUGAGUACACCAAGAUCCUCGACCGUUUCCACACCCUGCUCGAGGGAUACUUCGAGCAGACUUUGCAGAGCCCGCAAGAUCUCGUCUUGCAUGAGAUCUUUCUUUUUGAUAUGAGGAAUCCCCUGAAAGAGAUCUUCUCCCCGCGACCACGUUUUGCAGUCGAACGGGCAUUGUCCAAUCCGUUCGACUAUCUCAUGUCUACCGCGGAGAAACCCGAGACCAAGGUUUCCGCGAACCAACCCGCCACAGCCAUUCUGUACCAGCUGUAUCUAGAGUCCGGGUCACUUGUGAACGUCUACGACCUCUGGCAGGCGUUUUAUGCCGUGUUUGAAAGCGAGCAAGGGGAUUUUUGCGACGAACGGACCACCAUGGCCCUAUUUUACCGCGCCAUGUCGGAACUCCAGGCUCUGGGUAUGGUGAAAAGCAGCCGGAAAAAGGCCGACCAUGUCGCUAAAAGCGCAUGGAUGGGGCUGUGAUUUGUAUUGUAUAUUAAGCACAAGCCAUCGUGCAGCGAUCUCAUACGCAAACCAAGGGUAUCAUAAGAAUAUGCAAAGCAGUAAUUGCCACAACCAUCGUGAACCUGUCUCCUGAUUCCGUAGCCGCCGCCAAUCAUCCGGAAACAGGUAAUUGGAUAAUAUCAUCGUUCCC